AUGUCUUCUUCCCCUACCGAUACACUGCCCCGCCCCCUCCCCCCCUUCACCUCACCAGAUGGAGAUUUCGCGCACAGAGAUGAUCAUUCUAGUUUUGCCUUUUUCCGCGAGAUGACUUCGCCACCGGAUUUUGCAGGUCGAAUUGUCAUAGUCAAGGCGCAGAACUUUACUCGCCCGCCGUCUACGAAAGAGGCUUUUUGA